CUAUACACAAAUUUCUUACCAAAAAGAGCCAGAUCUUCAGAUUCUGGCUGGAUAUGCACAGGGAAAAAAGAAGAAAGCACAAAUAAUGCAUGAAUAUUUAAAUGGCAUAUACGGGUGAUGAUGAUGACAACCCGAACAACUCCUCCUCUCUCAACAACCUUCACCUACUGUUUAUAUAUUUAUAAACUUAAUAAAAACAAUAUCAACAAGCCGGCUGCUAAUAUGAUAAUUCAUCCAUUGGUUGACAUUUUCCUUUCUUGAAAAUUUUGAGCCGCCUGUCAUUUCGCCUUUCUGAUUUCCCACAAGUUUUCUGUUUUCGGAAACAAAAACAACCAAAAACAGUGAAAAAAGCAACAUUUCUAUCUACAACCCAACUCUUAUCUUGUAUAGAAACUUCUGUUUCGUGUUAAAGUUCUCUGCUUUUGAUUUUCUUUGGUCAUAUCAAUCAUGACUGUUUCUCCGAGGGUUAUUCCGCCUAGGAAACGACGGCCAUCGGCCGAAGCAUUUAUAUCUCCGAAAUUGUCAGACCGUAAACUGGUUGAAUCUCUUUACGUUUUAUCUCAAGAAAUCUCGUGUCUCAGGCCUCUCCAGUUCCUUCUGAAACGGAAUUCUCUUUCAAUCAUACGCAAGGCGAAGCUGUUGACCGUCUUAUUCGAAGAGCUUUGGGGUAAUCAAGUUUCUCCUUUUUCGCCUUCAACCCUUCUCUGUUUUGAAGAAAUGUACAUUGUUUUGCAAAGAAUGAAGACGUUGAUUGAAGAUUGUUGGAACGGCAGCAAGAUGUGGCUGCUCGUGCAAAUCGAAACGGUGGCUAAUAGUUUUCACGAGGUUACCAUGGAUUUAUCAACUUUGUUAGAUAUUUUGCAUCUAAAAGAACUGGACUUGAGCCAAGAUGUUGAAGACGUCGUCGUUUUGAUUAGAAACCAGUGUUCUUCUCACAGCCAAGCCAGCUCUGUAGAUCCAAGAGACAGUACUCUGAGGCUACAGGUCUUAACAUUGCUUGAACAAAUCAAGAGAGUGAUCGUUCCUGAUCAUUCGAAACUUCAUGUAAUUUUCCAAAGCUUAGGUUUACGCGACGCCUUUAUUUGCAGGGAAGAAAUUGAGAGUCUUGAAGCCGAAAUUCAGAAUCAAAUCGAUCAGAAAUCAAAGCAUCUUGCCGUCGCAUUAAUCGGACUGGUUCGCUACUCGAAAUGCGUUCUUUUCGGCGAGUCAACGCAAAAAUCAGAUGCAAUUCGGCGCCGGAGAAGGAAAUCGGUUGUGGAGGCGAAUGUGCCGGCUGAUUUUCGUUGCCCGAUAAGUCUGGAGCUGAUGAAGGACCCGGUUGUCGUGGCCACCGGACAGACGUAUGAUCGCCAGUCGAUUAAUGUCUGGAUCGAAUCAGGACACAACACGUGUCCAAAGACAGGUCAGACAAUGGUCCACACGAUUUUGAUACCUAACGCCGCUUUGAAGAAUUUGAUAGCUGUGUGGUGCCGCGAGCAGGGAAUACCUUUCGAAUACGCGGCAAGUAACGAGAAAGUUAACGGAGUUAUAACUAACAAGGCGGCUUUAGAAGCUACCAAGAUGACGGCGUCCUUUUUGAUUAAUAAAUUGUCAGCCUCUCAGUCAAUGGAGCCAGCAAACGAUGUCGUUUACGAGCUUCGAGUGCUUGCCAAAACAGACUCUGGCAGCCGCACCUGCAUUGCCGAAGCUGGGGCUAUCCCUUUGCUUGUAAGGUACUUAGGUUCGGAUGUAGGUGCGAAUUUUCCAAACCUCCAGGUCAAUGCCGUUACAACGAUCCUCAACUUGUCCAUUCUUGAAGCAAACAAAACGAGAAUAAUGGAAACCGAUGGCACAUUAAGCGGAGUAAUUGAGGUGUUGAGAUCAGGCGCGACGUGGGAAGCGAAAGGAAAUGCGGCAGCCACGAUAUUCAGUUUAUCAGGUGUAGACGCGCACAGGAAAAGACUGGGCAGGAAAACACGUGUCAUAAUGGGAUUAAUGGACUUGGCUAAGAACGGGCCCACGAGUUCCAAGAGGGACGCCUUGGUGGCAAUUUUGAAUUUGGCAGGAGACAGAGAGACCGUCAUCAGAUUGGUUGAAAACGGAAUCGUAGAGAUGAUAUGUGAAGUCAUUAAUGUGUUACCGGAGGAGUCGAUAACGAUUCUGGAAGCAGUGGUGAAAAAAGGUGGUCUGGCGGCGAUUGCCGAAACUUAUAAUUUGAUUAAAAAACUAGCGGUUUUAUUAAGGGAAGGAUCUGAUACGACAAGAGAGAGUGCAGCAGCUACACUUGUGACUAUUUGUAGAAAAGGAGGAUCAGAAAUGGUGGCGGAGCUGGCAACAGUGCUCCGAAUUGAGAGAUUUAUCUGGGAAUUGAUGGAAACCGGAACUUCGAGGGCUCGAAGAAAGGCGGCGUCACUCUUGAGAAUUCUCAGGAGAUGGGCUGCUGGGCUGGAUGCAUACAGUACUUCCUCUACAACCGGUACUACUACUGUCACUUCUUCAACAAUACUAUUCCCUAGCUAGCUAACAGUGUUGUGGCUGAAUUACAAUCUCAUUUGUCCAAUUGUAAAUGGUUGGAAUAAGUUGAAAAAAAAAUUGUUCUUUGUUUUGUAAUACUUGAAAAAUCAAUUUACUUGGCUCAUUCGUUGAA